AUUAUCUACAAAUAAUAAAAGUUCGCAAAGGGGACUACUUCGAGGGAAGCAAGAUGAGGUUUCUUCGGAGCUUGGUCUUUCAUAGUUCAUCCCCUCCUGGGCGUUUUUUCUCUACAGCAGGAUGUCUUUAUUCUCAAGUGAAUAAGGCUCUUCGWGUACAAAUUGAAAAGAUGGAAUCAGGAAAAGGAGUAGAGAUAGAAUGGCAAAGUGGAGAAAAAAGCAGAUUCCACAGCAGUUGGUUAAGGAUGAAUUGUCAGUGUAGCAAGUGUUCACAAGGACACAGCGGUCAGAGAAAACUUAAUGUUGCUAAGCUUCCAGAGAACAUUUCUCUUGCACACGUUGAUAUUUCAGAAUCAUCAUUUGUUUUAAAAGUAUCAUGGAAGAAUGAGGAAGAGCACACAAGUGUUUUUCCAUUAGAUUGGUUAAAACAACACUCCUACUCUAGACAGGAUAUUGAAAGGCAAAGUGUGCAACGAAAAUUCCAAGCUUUCCAAGGGAAAGACAUUCCCUCUGUCAAUUACCAUGAUAUUGUAAACACAGACUCUGGGCUGUUGGAAUGGCUACUCCAAGUGAAUCAUCAUGGUAUAUCAGUAGUAAAGAAAGUACCAAGUGAGGAGGAUUCCAUUCUUAAGGUUGCAAGAAAGAUGGGCCCAGUACUUAGGACCAUUUAUGGAGAGGUUUUUGAUGUGAUAAGCACACCAAAGCCAAUCAACAUUGCAUAUUCAAGUUCCUAUCUACCUUUACACAUGGAUUUGGCCUAUUAUCAAUCACCUCCUGGAAUCCAGUUACUUCACUGCUUCAGAUUUGAUCCACAAGUUGCUGGUGGAGAAAGCAUCUUUCUGGAUGUUUUUGCAGUUGCUGAAAGCUUCAGGGAGACACAUCCUGAAGAAUUUAACACCCUCGUUCGUGUUCCAGCAACAUUCCAGAAGAUACACUUUGAAAGAGAUUAUCCAGUAUACUUGAAGUAUCAACGGCCUCAUAUAUCUCUGAACCACAGGAAAGAGAUUGUGGCUAUCACCUGGUCUCCACCUUUUGAGGGCCCUUUGUUUGUUGAUGAGGAUGAUGUAGAAGCAUAUUACAACGCUUAUCGGAAAUUCAAUGAUGCGAUUGAAAAAUCACCUUUACUG